CUCACUAGGUAUUACACGGAGCACAGCCAGCGAGGUUAACGCAUAACGAGUGUCCUAAUUAAAAACCAUGGCAUCUGACAUGGAAGUUAUGUCUACGAAUGAUAAUGGGACAUAUGUAGAAGAUAAUCCUUAUGAAAUGCAUACUUUAGUCUUUGACGCGUUUCUUCUGACUUUGAUUCUGGUUGGGAACAUCUCAGUUCUAGUAGUCAUUAUCAAUGACGGCCAAAAGUCAAGAAUGAACGUGUACAUAAAGAAUUUGGCUGUUGCAGAUUUACUUUGCGGACUAUUCUACAUUGUCCCUCGUAUCGUGGUGCACGUCAAUAAUGGACAGUUUUAUGGAGGAAACACAAUUUGUAAAAUGCAAGAAUAUUUUGGGAAUGUUGGUAUUCUUGGUUCGAACACGAUUGUGGUUGCCUUGAGCUUGGAUCGUUUGUACCUGGUUCUCAGACCUUUGGGGAGUUUAGCAGUUAGAGGGAGAAGUGCAAUGAUGCCUUGUAUCCUGUGCUGGGUGAUUGCAGCUAUUGUGUCUGUAACAGGUCCUAUUGUUUUUGAAUACAACCAUGAAUACAAAUCAUGCAUGCCAUGGCUCGACGGAACCGAAUUAAAGAUUUACUUUACUACGAUCUUCGUUGUCGUCUUCAUCAUCCCAACGACGAUCCUGACAGUCUGUUAUACGGUCAUUGCCUACAUUAUCUGGAGGGUGUCAAAGAGAGAAGGUGGAAUACAAUUAAAAGAAUUCCCAUCUUCUGGCCAUCAGCAUUCUACUUUGCUGAAUUCAAGACAAAGUAGUCACUCCUCCGGCUCUGAACAAAAAGAUACAACAAUUUCAAAAUCACAGAUAAAGACAAUCAAGAUGACGUUUGUGAUAGUCAUAGCUUUUUUCUGCUGCUGGGCACCCUAUAUGGUAGUCAACCUACUCAUCAUAUUCCACAUUUUAAUCAUCCCAUAUCCGGUCAGCAUAUUCAUCAAUGGCCUCUUGCCUUUGAACUCGGUCGUUAAUCCACUCAUCUAUGCAGCAUUCAGUUCUCGUGUUUUCAAGCGAUUCAGGAAUAAAUUGACAAGACGUCUGUCAACCACGAGAACAUCCAGAAGAACCGAGAAUUGGAAGAUGUGAACUCACCUCUGACUCUAACUAAGAGUGCAUAUCAAGGUUUGGUUGUUCAAAAGGCCGCUUUCUUCCUGUUGACCAGUGCACUGUCUUUGUAAUAGGAUGCAUGGGUACGACGAAUUCGAUUUUGAAAUAGCGAGUAUCCAUAUAUGUUUGGUAAUUUUCAAUUGUUUGACUUUUAAUGUUAAGUUAGUAAUUUAUAUGUACGCUCUAAUCUAGCAGGCCUCGUGUAACAUUCGCACUAAAUACCGCUUAUAUCAUAUGAAAAGGAUAGCUACAUAGUCAAUAUAACAUAUUUGCAUUUAAUCCAUGUUACUCAAUAUUAAGAAGGUUUGCUGUUUUAAAGAUUAUAUGGCUAUUAUCUAAUUAAAUAAAAAUUGAUUUAUUCUUAAAUAUUGAUAUCAUUUGUGUUAGCUAAUGAGAAAAAUGGUGAUGAGGACAAUAAAUAAAAAAGAUGGACUGAGAAGUAAAGUACUAUAAUAUUGUCUAAACAAAAAUUGCUCCGAAUCAUAAAUUAUUAAUGAGACAUGUAUCAUUUUUAUUGGAUCUUUUAAGGAAGUUGCUUUGUUUAACAACUUUUGUAGAUAUAAAUUUACAGUGAGCCCAUAACUGUUAGUAAACAUGUGGUAAAAAAAGACGGUAAACAUUCUGGUCACUUCAUCUCUACAAGGUCGCAUAUUCUAUGCCACUGUAUCAUCAGCUUCCGUUUUAUCGCUCACGAGCAUAUGUGGUAAUCCACAGUAUUCCGGGAAGACUGCAUAUCUUUUAACACAGUACGUGACUAUCUCGUCACCCUGACAUUAUACACAAUGCAUGACCUACUUUUUUUUUUUUACCAGUAAUACUAUUCAGUAUAGCUUGGUACGUUUUUUUUGGUAAGUGACCCUUAUUCAUUGAAUAUCUGAUAAUGACCCUUGCGAAAAGCAUAAUUGCAUGUUCUUUUUUAAAUCUGUAUUAACACUGAUUUCAACUGUUCGAAGACGUUUUGAGAGCAAUACAAAUGUAAAAAAAAAGUAGGGGGACGCUCCCAACUAUACAAUGAAGUAUGUUUUAUCAUGAAAGUUUUGGCUCAUUCUAAUUCAGUUAACAUCUUCGGAAAAUUGGCGGAAGGGGGAGGGCUUUUUAAUAAAAAUGUCUUAAAGAGUAAAUUAUGAUAUAGUUUAAACAUUGAUUUUACUACUUUGUAAACAACUGUUUAAAAAUCAUAUAAGAUGGAUGGUGAAAAAAUGUUGUCUUUAGUCUCCAUUCAAAUAUAACUCGCUUAUUCCAGAUAACUUUGGUAUUACUUUAUAAAAUAUUAAUCUAAUCCGCAUGUGACGAAACUCUUUUAGAGGGUGGACAAUGCGUAUAUUCUGUUGGCUUAUAGAUUAGUCUUUACAAAUCAACAGUUAUGUGACCUACUGUUAAUGAUCUUAUUGGUUGUCCAAACUAUUUGGUGAAAUAUAAAAAAUCAAUAUAUUACCAAAACAGCCGAAAUGUAAAUGACUAUAAAACAUGGUAAAAAUAUUGAGGCAUUGAUAUUUUGUAGUUUCAAAUGAUCCAUAACUUAUGUCGAAAGGACUACUUAAGAUGAAAAAAACCCCACUGUAUACCCGAAAGUUAUUCCACUGGAUUUAACUUUUUAAGAACAAUGUGUAACUACAAAGAUAUUUUUUCAAUUCAAUACUAGGAUCUUUUUUCAAAAGUUAAAUUUUUUUUUAUAAAAAGUAUGCAUUAUGAUGUGUCUAAAUGAUUAAACGUUUCUGAUCAUAAUCAACGUUAAAUAUUGACAUUUGAAGGACAUCUGAAUCCUUGAAAACUUCUAAUAAAAAAAAAUGAUAAUACGUUUAGUUUUAUUUUUUAUUUCAGAACAAAUAACAAAUUGAAGAAUAUAAGACAGCAAUUUUUUUGGCAGACUAUUUGAUACAUUAUUUCGCUUGUUAAUCAUGAUAAAUUGAUUCAUCACUUACACGGAAGCUAGUAAAAAUCACAGUUUGCUAUGUGGUUUAUGAUUCAUAUUCUAUUUGAUGAUCAUUUGUUUUAUAGUGUAUUGUCUUUAGCAUAAAUAGAAGUCUGUGUCAUUUAUGUCUUUGCCCAUUUUUAUGGUUUGGGAGAGAGCUUGUUUGUUCAAAAUAGAUGUAGGAUUCAACGUGGAUGUAUUUUUAAUUGUAAAAUUAAUUUUGAUUUUAGAAUAAAUUUGUGUAUAAUGUCUUAUAUCAAUAUUAUAUGUUACAUUCAUGACGUAAUGACAAAAGAUAUUUACCUCCUUUUUACAUUGUCUUCUUAUUGAACAGUGAUAUGUGUGUAGUUUAAGAAGAUUGUUUUUCAACAGUAAAUACUUCAGUUGUCUGAUGAUGGUGUUAUCAGCUUGAUGUAUCUGAAUAAUGUAUAGAACAUAUCAAAAGGUUUGUGUUGUUACACGAGUGCAUAUUCAAUAUUGUCCGUCGGUGUUAUAACAACUUAAACACAUUCAUUUUUUUUACCGUACAUUAAAUAAAUAGCAAAAUUGAUAAUCGAAUCUAACAGCUGUCAUUGGCACUAUCUGCUAUAUCAAAUUCAUUUUAUACAGACUGAGACUCAUUGAACUUAUUAAUAUUGAAUUUAACUUAUAACCGCUUUGUAUUGCUAUAUUGUGUAAAACUAUAAAUUUUAUAUUUUUUGUAAAUAUAUAAAUUGUCCUCAUGUUGCUUCUAAAUGAAAUAAAAGCGCAAAUUUUCAGCCAUAA